UUUCGGUAGUGAAACAUUUUUUUAGAUUUCCUCUUUCUGAAAGUGCAUCAUUGAAGAAGAUACAGUUUCUUGAUUAUCGCCACAUAGAAAUAAGACGGUAAUGUUGGAGCUGCCGGUGGUUGUCGUUUUGAUACAAGUUGAUGUGCAUCUUCAAUAAUGCACCGAAAAAAACCCAGAAGCGCUACUAUCAUAGAAUGUUAUUCACUAUGUGAUGCUUAAUCAGUUCAAAACGUUUUUGACCUUGAUAAAAACUCGUCUUCCACGAAUCGCAUUACACGAAGGGAGGUAGCAAGUGAUAUUAAUCGCCAUUUCGUGAUGAUGUCGCGAGGGGUGUCCUCCAAUGAACCGGCAAAAACCGGAACGCCAAAGAAAAGUCGCAUUUCUCUAUUAUGCUGCUAUGAUGAAAAUAUCCGUUCUAUCCUGAAGUUUUUCUGAAGCAAGGUUCAGCAAUGUUUCUUCAAAUACUCGCUGUUCGGCUAGAGCUGUUGCUGAUUCUAUUCUUGAUUAACAUCUCCAUGGGGCAAAUUGUAUUCGAAAACAAUAGUGAACUUUCUCCUGGUGAUAACUGCAUGACUCCAGAUUUAGAGAGAGGGACAUGCCUACGUUGGACACAGUGUCUAUCUCUGAGUCAAAAAACAGAAGACUGGGAUCAGCUCAGGCAAUAUAUGUGUGGUUUUGCCGGCGAUGAGCCGAUCAUUUGCUGUCCCUUUUCUCUGCAAUCAAAUAUAUCUAGUACACCUACAGAUAGAAUUUCUCCAACAACCAACAGCACUAGAACUACUAAUACUUCUUCUGAGCAUGUACCAGUUCAUUAUAUACCUAAGACCAAUCCUUCUGGAUCUCCAGGCUACAGAUUAGGAAAGCCAGUCUUCUUACCAGAUGUUUGUGGUGAACAUUUAGAGACUGUUUCAAAUUCCGUUACUGGCAGUCGGAUAAUAGGUGGUCAAGAAGCCGAGAAAGGGAACUGGCCGUUUAUGGCGGUGGUUUUCGAGAUCAAAAGAAGCGGCCUGAAGAUUUUCCAAUGCGGUGGAGCCCUGGUGACUGCGAGGCACGUGAUCACGGCUGCUCACUGCUUGGUGAAACGAAAUGCCAUUACACCCCUGGAUCCUAAGCAACUCAUGGUCAGGUUGGGUGCUCUCAACCUGAGCACUGUAAACGAGCCCGGUACCAUCGAUGUCGGGGUGAAUGUCGUUCGAAUUCACGAAAGGUACGACAUUAGAACUCAUACGGACGACAUUGCAGUCCUCCAACUCAGUCAACGUGUCCCGUUCUCGAGUAGCAUCAUUCCCGUCUGCCUUCCUUACGACAGCCUGAGAGAUACUAAUCUCUCCGGGAGACGCUGUGCUGUCACAGGAUUCGGACUGACAUCCGUAAAUGGCUCUUACAGCGACGUUUUGAUGGAGGCCAGUUUUUACAUUCAAAAUCAAGAAGUGUGCAGGAAGUCGUAUGUACGCGAUCUUCGAAUUACUGAUAAACAAUUGUGCGCCGGAACGCUUGAUGGCUCCAAAGAUGCAUGUGUGGGUGAUUCUGGAGGCCCCCUGGUGACCAUAGGAAAAGGAGAACUAUACUAUCUAGUUGGAAUAGUUUCCUUUGGGAAGAAAUGCGCACUCUCUGGCUACCCUGGUGUUUACACCAGAAUUACAGAAUACCUAGACUGGUUAACGCUCAACCUCGCUGACUGAAUUUAUAAAGGGAUGAAGAUGUGUCAAUCUACAACAUAUCUUCCACUACUUUUGAGCAAGAAGAAAUUUCCACUUGAAAGGAAAUGACAAGAAAAUUUUGACAAUCUAUUUAUUAUUUAUAUAUUUCAAUUGUAAUUA